AUGCCAGAAUACAAUCUAUACAGUACGCAGCAAGAAUUCCGAAAUUGUGCCGUUGAAGCUUGCAAUAUGAACACAUUUCUACAACUGAUUGAAUGUUCAUUUCCUCAAGAAUGCUCUGAACAAAUUCUAAACAACUUAUUCUUCGAUUAUCGUCAACUUGUAUGUCAAAAAAUGUGGGAAGAGGAACAACAACAAAAGCAACAAAAAGAGGAAAUGAAUAAAAGUAAUGAAACUGAUUGUGAAAAUGAAAAAUUGGAUGAUGAGAAUGAUGAUUAUUUUUGGUCAUAA